AUGUUAAGUGAAGUUCCCAGUAUGGCUAUUGAAAAAGUAAUGAUAAAAAAUAACACAUCAAUAAUACAGGAUGAAAUAUUGGCUCACAGACUUGGUUUAAUUCCACUGAAAGCUGACCCUAGACUCUUUGAGUAUCGGCCUGAAGGUGCGGUUGAGGGAACAGAGUUUGAUACAUUAGAAUUUAGUCUAAAAGUGAGGUGUUCUCAUAAUAAAGUACAGACCAAAGAUUCAUUUAGACCUGAAGACUUAUAUGAAAACCAUAGUGUUUAUUCAUCUCAAAUAAAAUGGAAUCCCAUUGGGAAUCAAGCAUCUGUACAUAAGGAUAUUGAUGUCGGUCCAGUCCAUGGUGACAUUUUAAUAUCAAAAAUGCGACCUGGACAUGAGCUAGAUCUAAAUCUUGUUGCUGUUAAAGGAAUUGGAAAGGAUCAUGCUAAGUUUUCACCAGUUGCGACAGCCACAUAUAGACUACUACCAGAAAUAACCUUAACACGAGAAGUAAAUGGUAGUGAUGCAGCAUUGCUCCAAACAUGUUUUUCACCAGGUGUUAUAGGAAUUGAUUCAAAUGGUUGCGCCUAUGUUAAGGAUGCACGCUAUGACAGUUGCAGUCGGAAUGUGUUUCGCUAUGAAUCUAUUAAAGAUGCAGUGAUAUUGACCAGAAUUAGAGAUCAUUUUAUUUUUAAUGUUGAGUCAGUUGGAGCAUUACCAUCACAAGCCAUUUUUGUUGAAUCUGUGAAAAUCCUCAGAGAUAAAUGUAAAACACUACUAGAUGAAUUACAACAAUUCUACCAUUCAAGUUCUAUAACACAUGUUAAUAAAUAA